UUGUGAAGGAAUCUUCCACCCUCCGGAAAUUAAAUCAUGAAUAAAAAAAAUCAUUUCGACUACAUUUCGACCUAUCAGAAGGAUUAUACCUGGCCCUACGUACCGUCCAUAUGUCGUACUCAACCUCCAACUAAAAUUAAACCAAUCGUCGUUAAAGGUUGCACUUGUAUCGAUUCGCGGCGAGUACGUAAUAAAGAAGGAUGGGACGGGAAUCUCGAGGAGUGUCUCAAUUGGAGUCAGAUAGGUCCUAUGGGACGACUUCUGGAGCCAAAGAUUUAUCCCAAGAUUGACCAGGUUCCUGAAGCGGAUUCGAUCGUAACGCGAUUCGAUCCCCAGCUACCCAGUAUUUGCCUUAAAGAAGAAUAUCCUGAUUUGUACGGUUAUACGGCAUUAAAGGACUCACUUCCGAAGGAACCGAUUACACGGGUGGAUGCCGAUCGUAUGAAAACGACGUAUCAAGCGGAUUACAGUGAUCCUGCAGCUGCACGUAUGACGCAACGUGACAUGGCGAUGACAGUUAUCGAUACGAACGCACGCGGUCAAUGUAGGAUGCCGAUAAAGAUAAUCAUAGAAGCUGAUUGUCCGCCGCAUUGUUAUCUCCCUUCCUCGAUAUGUACGAGCGUUUGGAAACGCGAUCAUAAACGAAAAAAUGGAUCAAGACGCGAAAAAAAAUGCGACGAUGUCGAGAGAAGACAAAUGUCACUGCCAUCCUGGAAAUCAGAGUACCAAGAUAGCAUCAGUAAAAUUGGGCACGCCAUUAUGAGAGCUAAAUUACAUCGCGCAAAGAGGAAAGCUUUACCAGUCCAGUAUCAAUAUUCCACUACAUCUAGUUGAACUUAUAACAACAGAU